UCUAUUGUUCUGUGAUAAUAGUGGGUAUCGUUGUCAGUUCAGGUUUUUAGAUUAAAAUCUAUAAUCUAUAAUCUAAAAAGUAAAAACUGAAAACUAAGGUGUUUUGAUACACCUUGCUUAAAAUCUUCAGCUUUGCUAGUUGCUACUCAGUACUCACCACCUACCACGGUCUCAGAAGACUAAUUAUUCACUGUCUCACUACUCUACUCAGUACUCACCAAAGCAUAUAGCCCAGUACCGUACACGAUAAGAAGAAGACUUCACACCUGUGCACUGUGCGGAAGUACAACAUUGCAUCGACUGCAAGUUGAAUUGUUGCAACGGUCCGCACUCCGCGUCCAGCUACGGCAGUCUAUGAUUCAAUUUCAAAUCUAUAUUUUCACUGUGACACUAUGUAUUGAUUAUUCGCCAAUAGAUUAAAAUUUUAAAUAUGCUACCUGCAGAACGUCAAGUUGAUUCUGAUUCUGAUGAGAGUGUAGAUCGUUUUCCCAGAAAAAAAACUAAAAUAUCAGAUAUAAGUGAACAAUCAUUUGAUAGACAUAUUUCAAUUGAUGAAGGUAGUCAAAACUUUGAUGAAAUUGAAUUGGAUAAUUAUUUUGAUCACAAAAAUCUAAAUUUGAACAAUCAUCAGACAGUAUCUUCUGGAGUAUCUGAUGAUGAUGAUUAUAAUGUUAAUAAAUAUGAAGAUAGUGAAAGUGAAGAUUAUGUACCUAUUUCAGAUGGUGAAUUUGAAUUAGAAAAGUAUGUAAUAAAUGAAACAAAUUCUAAAACUAGUGGUAUUGAAAAAACUGAUGGAGAAUCUGUCAAAGAUGGUGGAGGCGCCAAUGAUUAUAAUAAUGAUCAAGAAAGAAUGACUAAAACCCAUAAAUCCAUAGGUAUAGAUAAUGAUGAAUUAUAUGAUUUACUAGACAAAGCAUAUAAAGACAAAAAUAAAACCCACAGUGAACAUAAAAAGAAAGCUGUUACUCAAGACGACUUUAAAGAAUAUGAAAAAAUUGUGUUAGAGGAAGUGUGUAAAAAUCAUUUUGAUAUUUUGCCUGAAAAUUGGAUUGAAGCAACUCAUAAAAGUGGCAUGCCUAUUUAUUUACACAAGAAAAGUAGAGUUGUAACAUUAUCAAGACCUUAUUUUUUGGGACCAGGUGAUCCUAAAUCACAUUUAGCCCCAUUAUCAGCAAUUAGUUGUCUACAAUAUCAAAAAGGUCUUGAGAAUAAAGAAAUUAUAAAAAAUGAACCUGAUUUUCAGGUUAGUAAACUUGGUGAUAUGAUUAUACCAAAUGCCAAAGUGGAGACUGCACAAGAAAAUAUUAUUAAAGAAUCUUUAACACACGUGGAGUUGCGGGAAUAUUGUCAGUCACUAUUUAAGUUCAAGGUUAAAGAAGUGAAAUCUCCAAGUAAAAUGCCGAAAGAACAAAGUAUAAAAACGGAAAUUUCUAGAGGCACACUAAUAAAUACCAAAGAAAGACCUUCGCUUCCAGAUAGUACUAAAUUGAUAUCAUUUCCAGUUCAAACUGAGGACCACGAUAAACGGUGUAAUCGUCGUCGAGAAUGGAUAAUGAAUCCAAAUGGUAAAAGUUAUGUGAGCAUAUUACAUGAAUAUUUACAACAAGCAUUGAAAACCCAACCUUGGUAUGAGUUUAAAGAACUUGAAAAUACAGAAACCCCUUAUUCUGCUACUGUUGUGCUUAAUGAUGUUCAAUAUGGUGUUGGUUUGGGUAAUAGUAAGAAGCAAGCCAAACUUAAUGCUGCCCAAGCCACUUUAGAUAUACUCAUACCUGAAAUGAAAAAUAAAAUAGAUUCAGAUAUCAAAAACCAACGUGAUCCUGUAAUAUUUGACCAAAUUAAAGUCACCGACCCCAGAAUUACAGAAUUCUGUGCUAAAACCACAGAACCUAGUCCAUAUGCUAUGUUAUUAGUGUGUUUGCAAAGAAAUUUUGGUGAAUGUGAAAUAGGUAUUGAAUAUAAAUUGAACAAUCGUCGUAGGAUGUUAAACCAAUGUACAAUGAUGGUUGGUAAACACACAGCUUCCGUUGCUUGUAAAAAUAAAAGGGAUGGCAAACAAAAAGCUUCUCAAGUAAUACUUGGUCUAUUACAUCCACAUAUUGAUAAUUGGGGUUCGUUGUUACGGCUUUACGGUAACCGGAGCAUUAAGAAUGCUAAAGAAAAAAAACAAGAAGAGCAAGAAAUCACUCAGCUCCAGAGUAAAGCUGCUGUGAAUCAACCAAAUUUUGCUAUACUAAAUAAACUCAAAGAAGAAAUGUUAAAAAUUAGGGACCAAAGAAAAUUAAAAGAAACUAAUGAAAUGUUAGGAUUACCUCAGACAAUGCUUGCUACAACAUGUCCAUAUACCAUAGCAAUUCCAUCAUCAUCCACAAGUCCUAACUAAUAAAUAGUUUUGUCUAGUCUAUAUUUCUUCAUGCUAAGAUUAACAACCAUUGUAUUAACCACUUGUACCACCGUAUUAACAUUUAAUUCAAAUGUUUUGUUCCUAAAAGUAUUUAAGUAUGGCUGAUGGUAAUAUUAAUAUAAUAUAUACCUAAACCGUAACUCGUAAGGUGUUUUUUUUUGUUUUGUUAAUUUGUGUUGAUUAGUUGUACACUAUUAUUAUUUUAAUUUAUGAGUACAAUUUUUGUAAUAGUAUGUAAAUAAAUUAUGUGUAU